UAGAAAGACUAGAACCAGAGCGCUGCAGGCAUGCAGCAGCCGCAUCGCAACUUUGCGUAUUGUUUACUUUGUCGGACGCACCUUACUUUUCCUCCCGAUCCUCGAAACAUGGCAGGAAAACUAAACACGGAGAUUUCUGCUGCUGCUUCGUUGUAAAAUCUUGAACUUUUCUAUCAAGCUGUCGGAGUCUGUCCACGAUGAGCGCGUCUGCGGGGACCGGGGUGUUCGUGCUGUCCCUCAUGUCCAUCCCCAUCUGCUACCUGUUCAACUCCCUCAUUUACAACAACAGUGCUGAAGCCGUCCUCUCUGCUGGCUGUACCACAGUCCUCAUCCUGGCUGUUUCUGUCCGCUUCAUGCUCAAGAAAAAGGCUCCAGCAGACCCUCUUUUCUAUGUGUAUGCUCUGUAUGCUUUCCUGAGUGUGGUGAAUCUGAUCAUUGGUUUGGAGCAAGACAACAUCAUAGAUGGAUUUGUGACGUUUUAUCUCAAAAAGGCAGAUCAGCAUAUCAACACAGCACAUGGGCACAUGAUCUCUUAUUGGGAUGGCUGUGUGCACUAUCUCAUGUAUCUGCUCAUGAUUGCUGCAAUUACCUGGGGAGACAGUUACCGAGUAAUUGGACUCUACUGGGUGGGAUCUGUUCUCAUGAGUGCCAUGGUCUGCGUUCUUGGGAAUGCUGUGGGAAAGUAUGGGACACACAUUGGCCCUCUCUUCCUCCUCCACAUGCUGUAUAUCACUGUGUCUGUGUGGGCUUGCUUCCGCAUCUUCAGUCAACCUCUGACCCGAAACAUUCUGCUACCAAACAUCAGGGAUGCUCAGGAAACAAAGCUGUUGAACAGACCAAUGGAUUUACUGUUCAUCCUUUACCUCGUCCCAGCAUUUUCUUUCUGCGUCUUCAGAGGCCUGGUUGCUCUGGACUGUUCUGGCAAAUGGUGUCAGGAGUAUACACAGCAGUUUGAGCCGUACCUGAAAGACCCUUCAGCUUAUCCCAAAGUUCAGAUGUUGGUGAGCAUGCUCUACUCUGGCCCGUACUACAUCAUUGCUCUUUAUGGGCUGUUGGUCCCAGGAUGUGAGUGGAUGCCUGACCUCACUCUCGUGCACUCGGGGGCGCUGGCUCAGGUGGAUUCGGUGAUGUUAAAGUGAUCCUGGGCAUCUGGCCAAACAGCCAUUCCUCUGCAUUACACAUUUGUUUUGCUUAAUUCUGAGUGCUGCUGAACACCUGUGACUCUGCAUGCGGCCGCAGAAUACACACUAUUCCAUCUAUUUACAUCUAAAGAUGGAAACUCCCAGGAGUGGUGGGAGCAGACAGCCUGUCAGUCACAUCCAGGGUACAGAGCAGCUAUUGUGUUUGAGCUGCAGACUGGGGCAUCGCUCAUCAGCAUGAUAAGGGCAGGAGCUGACUUCAGACACAGAGGAAUGUUGGUAUUGGUGGUAUUCACCUAAAUGUCAGCUGUUCGACCCGCCUAAAAAUAGGACGACUGAUGCUCUGGCAGCAUUGGUUGCCACGAAACAUACCAUGGCCUUUUUUUUUUUUUCUCCUGCUGACUUUCUAUGAAAAGGUAACUAACAAUAGAUCAGCCGAAUGUUAAUGGUAAGUCAGUGGAAAGGUGAAAAAACGAUGGGAUUAUAUUUUAAAUCAGUUGGUGAAUAGGGAAAAAGAAUACUCUUUAGAUACUUGUUGCCUUACCUCGUUUUGUUGUUUCAGUUUAUUUGACCUUGUUUUUGUUGUUUGUGCAACAGAUUUUCCCUCACAUGAUUUGGAUUCAGAAUAUUUUAUGUUAGAUUGACUGUUAAGUAUUUUGUGUUUGAGCUUUUACAACACAUGUACCAUUAGCAUAUUUAAACAAAUGUACUUAAUAUUGAACUUACUUUUCACAUACUAUUAAGCUGAUCAGUUGACGCAACGUUGAUUUCUUUUUUUUUUUUCGUUUUGAAGAGAACUGCUCAUGAUCCAGUCAAAAUGGGCCAAUGAUCUACAUUUAAGUCUGAAGAGAAUCCUUGGUAUUCCUUUGCAGUUGGUCAGUUGAUCAUUCUUUGAAGGGGAGAUUCUGUUUAUUGUAUGUUCUGUCAUGCUUUCCACCCACUGCAGGUCCUCCCAGUUCAGACUGACUGAUAGAAACGGGCAGUGGACGAGAGAGGCGAGCUCGCUUCCGCUCUGACUCUUUAUUAUUCCCUCUCGCUCUUUCCUGACAGGCCCAGUUUUGUCACAUCGGUGCAUCCCUUCACACACGGACGCCGUUCUCAUACCGAGUGCCUGCUGACAGCCAGCUGGUCUUCCUGCUGGUCAAUGUCCUCUACACCCUGGUGCCUCAGGUUUUGUGCUACCGCUGCU